AUGAAAUAAAUAAUUAUUAAAUAAUUACAAAGAUUUAAGAAUUUUAAAGGUAAUGAUUAGUGUCUUAGUCGAUUAAAUAAUAUAUAAAUAAAUAAUAAUAAUAAUGAAUAUAUUUUGAUAGGAGAAGAUGAUUAAGUAACAUAGAAUGAUAUUGUUUCAGUUAGUGAAGAAAAGAAAUAGGUAGAUUUAAUUUAAGAAAAGAUUAAAUUAAAAUUAAUAGAUAAUAAAAAUAAUAAAUAAGAUGGUAGAUGUGAGUCAAUAGUAUUUGAUAAAACUGGAUAAAUUAUGGUUUCAAAUGAUAUGGAAUCAAUAAAAAUAUGGAGAUUUGAAAAAGGAGAAUUAAGUUUAUAAAAUCAACUUUAAAUACACAAUCUUCAUGUUAAAUGUCUAGUUUAUAGUAAAUUCUUAAAUAAUUUUAUUUCUGGUUCUGCAGAUAAGAAGAUUAUUUGUUGGAAAUAAGUUAAUCUUAAUAAAUGGAAUUCAAAUAUAUAUUAAUAUCAUAAUGAUACUGUUAAUUGUUUAAUAUUAAAUUAAAAAGAAGAUGAAUUGAUAUCAGGAAGUGAUGAUAAAUAAAUUAUCAUUUGGAGUGUAGAUUUUAUAAAUAAUCAACUUACUUAUAAGUAUUCUUUAAAAUAGCAUUCUGAAUAUGUUCUAUCAUUAAGUUAUAAUUAAUCUGAGAAUUCAUUUUUAUCUUGUGGAUCUGAUUUAUAUAUUAUUUGGAAGAAAAAAAGUAAUAUUGAUAAUUAAUAAAUUAUAAAUAAUACUAAAUCUUAUUAAUUUUAAUACUAUUUGGAUCAAUUAAAAUAUUUACCUAAAGGAAAUAGAGUUAUAUUUAUAAAUGAUUAUUAAUUCCUUUGGGUAACCUAAAAUUAGGGUAUUUUAGUAUUUGAAUAAGAAUGCUCAAUGUAUUAAUAAAAUAAGAAUAAGACUAUUAAUAUUAAGAAUAAUGAUUGCGAAGAUUAAUACUAUUUUCCUAUAAUAUAUAAUAAAAAUAAGAAUUUCUUAUUAAUAAAACAUAAAUAUCAUAUCUAUCUAAUUAGAUAAUUAGAAAAUGGAAAAUUUAUUAUUCUAUCAUCUGUUGAUUGUGGAACUCAACAUAAUUAUGGUACUAUAACAAAUGAUGGAUAAUAUUUAGUAUUUUGGGAUCAGAAAUUAAAGAAAUAUUCAACAUAUCAGAUACUAUAAGUAUGAAUGAGAUAAUGAAUUAAAAUUUAUAUCUAUAAAUCUUAUAUAAUAUUAUUAAACCAUUUUAAUUGUAAAUAAUAGGUCUUAAUAAAUAUUAUUAUAUUCAUUUGUGUUUGGUCUUACAAUUAAGUAAAUAUAUAUAUAAUAUAAUUAUAUAUUAUUAAAUAUGUGAAAUCAUUAAUAAUAUAUUUAAAUGAUAUCAAAAUUUAUCAAUCUNUAAGUUUAUAAAAUCAACUUUAAAUACACAAUCUUCAUGUUAAAUGUCUAGUUUAUAGUAAAUUCUUAAAUAAUUUUAUUUCUGGUUCUGCAGAUAAGAAGAUUAUUUGUUGGAAAUAAGUUAAUCUUAAUAAAUGGAAUUCAAAUAUAUAUUAAUAUCAUAAUGAUACUGUUAAUUGUUUAAUAUUAAAUUAAAAAGAAGAUGAAUUGAUAUCAGGAAGUGAUGAUAAAUAAAUUAUCAUUUGGAGUGUAGAUUUUAUAAAUAAUCAACUUACUUAUAAGUAUUCUUUAAAAUAGCAUUCUGAAUAUGUUCUAUCAUUAAGUUAUAAUUAAUCUGAGAAUUCAUUUUUAUCUUGUGGAUCUGAUUUAUAUAUUAUUUGGAAGAAAAAAAGUAAUAUUGAUAAUUAAUAAAUUAUAAAUAAUACUAAAUCUUAUUAAUUUUAAUACUAUUUGGAUCAAUUAAAAUAUUUACCUAAAGGAAAUAGAGUUAUAUUUAUAAAUGAUUAUUAAUUCCUUUGGGUAACCUAAAAUUAGGGUAUUUUAGUAUUUGAAUAAGAAUGCUCAAUGUAUUAAUAAAAUAAGAAUAAGACUAUUAAUAUUAAGAAUAAUGAUUGCGAAGAUUAAUACUAUUUUCCUAUAAUAUAUAAUAAAAAUAAGAAUUUCUUAUUAAUAAAACAUAAAUAUCAUAUCUAUCUAAUUAGAUAAUUAGAAAAUGGAAAAUUUAUUAUUCUAUCAUCUGUUGAUUGUGGAACUCAACAUAAUUAUGGUACUAUAACAAAUGAUGGAUAAUAUUUAGUAUUUUGGGAUCAGAAAUUAAAGAAAUAUUCAACAUAUCAGAUACUAUAAGUAUGA